AUGACCAUACCUUCCUCUCCGACGCCGAAACUCAACCUCAACACCGGUGGUGGUCCCCACUCAACUCAGCCUCCUCCCCUCAGAGACCCACCACCACCACCACCACAACUACAGCUUUCCCACCUCCACCACAACCAGCACAAUCACCUCUGCCGCGUCACCAUCAUCAUCGACCAUCUCACUCCAAUCAUUCCCAAACGUCGAUUUCGACCUCCUCUCCAUCAGACACAUAUCCUACACUUCUCUGAAGGAUCUCUUACCCUCCACGGCGGUCCAGUCCCCGGCGACCCAGUCCCAAUCCGAAAUCUCGAUCCGCAAUCGGCUCGUCAAUCGGGCCGCCUGGGCCUACCUUCGGCCCAUGUCCACCUCGCCGGACUCCGCCGCAACAAACUGCUUCUCCGCUCUGUUUAG